AUGGUUGCUUUCACUGUUGACCAAAUGCGUUCUUUAAUGGACAAAGUUACCAAUGUGCGUAACAUGUCCGUUAUUGCUCACGUCGAUCAUGGUAAGUCCACUUUGACCGAUUCGUUGGUCCAAAGAGCCGGUAUUAUUUCCGCUGCUAAGGCUGGUGAAGCUCGUUUCACCGAUACCAGAAAGGAUGAACAAGAAAGAGGUAUCACCAUCAAGUCCACUGCCAUUUCUCUGUACUCUGAAAUGUCUGACGAAGAUGUCAAGGAAAUCAAGCAAAAGACCGAUGGUAACUCCUUCUUGAUCAACUUGAUCGACUCUCCAGGUCACGUCGACUUCUCCUCCGAAGUCACUGCCGCUUUGCGUGUCACUGACGGUGCUUUGGUUGUCGUUGACACCAUCGAAGGUGUCUGUGUCCAAACUGAAACCGUUUUGAGACAAGCCCUAGGUGAAAGAAUCAAGCCUGUUGUCGUUAUCAACAAGGUCGACAGAGCCUUGUUGGAAUUGCAAGUUUCCAAGGAAGAUCUAUACCAAACUUUCGCCAGAACUGUUGAAUCCGUUAACGUCAUCGUCUCCACCUACGCCGAUGAAAUUUUGGGUGACGUCCAAGUCUACCCAGCCAGAGGUACCGUUGCCUUCGGUUCUGGUUUGCACGGUUGGGCUUUCACCAUCCGUCAAUUCGCCUCCAGAUACGCUAAGAAGUUCGGUGUCGACAAAUCCAAGAUGAUGGACAGAUUAUGGGGUGACUCUUUCUUCAACCCAAAGACCAAGAAGUGGACCAACAAGGACACUGAUGCUGAAGGUAAGCCAUUGGAAAGAGCUUUCAACAUGUUCAUCUUGGACCCAAUUUUCAGAUUAUUCACUGCCAUCAUGAACUUUAAGAAGGACGAAAUUUCAGUUUUGUUAGAAAAAUUGGAAAUCACCUUGAAGGGUGACGAAAAGGACUUGGAAGGUAAGGCCUUAUUGAAGGUCGUUAUGAGAAAGUUCUUGCCAGCUGCUGACGCUUUGUUGGAAAUGAUCAUCUUGCACUUGCCAUCUCCAGUCACUGCUCAAGCCUACAGAGCUGAACAAUUAUACGAAGGUCCAGCCGACGAUGCUAGUUGUAUCGCCAUCAAGAACUGUGAUCCAAAGGCUGACUUGAUGUUGUACGUCUCCAAGAUGGUGCCAACCUCUGAUAAGGGUAGAUUCUACGCUUUCGGUAGAGUUUUCGCCGGUACUGUUAAGUCCGGUCAAAAGGUCAGAAUCCAAGGUCCAAACUACGUUCCAGGUAAGAAGGACGAUUUGUUCAUCAAGGCCAUCCAAAGAGUCGUCUUGAUGAUGGGUAGAUUCGUCGAACCAAUCGAUGACUGUCCAGCUGGUAACAUUAUCGGUUUAGUCGGUAUCGAUCAAUUCUUGUUGAAAACCGGUACUUUGACCACCAAUGAAACCUCUCACAACAUGAAGGUCAUGAAAUUCUCCGUUUCCCCAGUUGUCCAAGUCGCCGUCGAAGUUAAGAACGCCAACGAUUUGCCAAAAUUGGUCGAAGGUUUGAAGAGAUUGUCCAAGUCCGAUCCAUGUGUCUUGACUUACAUGUCCGAAUCCGGUGAACAUAUCGUCGCUGGUACCGGUGAAUUGCAUUUGGAAAUUUGUUUGCAAGAUUUGGAACAAGACCAUGCCGGUGUCCCAUUGAAGAUCUCCCCACCAGUUGUCGCUUACAGAGAAACUGUUGAAAGCGAAUCUUCUCAAACCGCUCUAUCCAAGUCUCCAAACAAGCAUAACAGAAUCUACUUGAAGGCUGAACCAAUCGACGAAGAAGUUUCCUUGGCUAUCGAAAGCGGUGUCAUCAACCCAAGAGAUGAUUUCAAAGCCAGAGCUAGAGUCAUGGCUGAUGAGUUCGGUUGGGAUGUCACUGAUGCUAGAAAGAUCUGGUGUUUCGGUCCAGAUGGUAACGGUCCAAACUUGGUUGUUGACCAAACUAAGGCUGUUCAAUACUUACACGAAAUCAAGGAUUCCGUUGUUGCUGCUUUCCAAUGGGCUACCAAGGAAGGUCCAAUUUUCGGUGAAGAAAUGAGAUCUGUCAGAAUCAAUAUCUUGGAUGUUACUUUACACGCUGAUGCUAUCCACAGAGGUGGUGGUCAAAUCAUCCCAACUAUGAGAAGAGCUACCUACGCUGGUUUCUUGUUGGCUGAGCCAAAGAUCCAAGAGCCAGUUUUCUUGGUCGAAAUUCAAUGUCCUGAACAAGCUGUCGGUGGUAUCUACUCCGUCUUAAACAAGAAGAGAGGUCAAGUCGUUUCUGAAGAACAAAGACCAGGUACUCCAUUGUUUACCGUCAAGGCUUACUUGCCAGUUAACGAAUCUUUCGGUUUCACCGGUGAAUUAAGACAAGCCACUGGUGGUCAAGCUUUCCCACAAAUGGUCUUCGACCAUUGGGCUACCUUAGGUUCCGACCCAUUGGACCCAACCUCCAAGGCUGGUGAAAUUGUUCUUGCUGCUCGUAAGAGACACGGUAUGAAGGAAGAAGUUCCAGGCUGGCAAGAAUAUUACGACAAAUUGUAG